AAUGGGAACUGCAUGUUAUUCUCAUUAGACAAGAAAGUAGCAUCUAAAUGAUAUUAGAUUUGGAUAAUAGAAUCUAAUGUUUAAGAUGGUAAUUUCUGGUAUCAAGGUUAAAAAUAUACAACAGUAAAGUGCAUAUGUGAUAGUAAAAGUGAAUGAACAUCUCUAUAAGACCACCAUGAUCAGAUAUACUAAAAAUCCACAUGUACUCUUACUCCUUUAGUAUAGUGGCCUUAAACUUUUACUUUUGAUUUACAUAUAGAUCCUCAAAGUAUGCAGACUCAAUUCUUUACACUAGUACAAUAUUCAAAUAUCCUCCCAAGCAAAUCCUCGACGAUUCAGACAAAAUUCAUUAUAGAAUCAAAUAUACAAUAUAUGAAAUUGCUAGUGGACCAUAACAUCAUGAUAUUAUGUUUAGUGUAAUUUCUAUUUUGCUAUUUUAGAACAAAUCCUCAAUUAUAUUUGAUAUUAAAGUAGCUUAAAGAUUACAUUUUAAGAUAAAUACAAAACAUAUUCGUUGUAUCUUAGAAGAACAAUUAGGUGAUAUAGCCUAUAGUUUUCUAUUAAAAAUUAAAUCUCAAGAAAAUGAAUCUCAAUCAGCAAUUUCUCCUAAAUAUAUGAAUCCAACCUAUUCAUAAAAUGAUGAUAUUCCAUAUAAAUAUCAACAUAUUAAAGGUGGUUCAUAAAGACAUGUCUCUACUAAAAAAGCAUUAGAAGCAAAAAAUGAAAUACUUUGGGAAUUUAGAACAGAAGAUUCCCCAUCUAUGGAAUUUGACAUUUUUGGAAAUGAUUUUUAAAUUACUACAUUUGUUUUUGUACUUUAUGCUAAUAAAUAAACAAAAUAAGAAGAAUAUAAAAGAAUUGGUAGUACAUAUAUUAGUUUUAAUAAAUUCUUUUAUGAUAAUACAGCCUAAAUUGCAUAGACUGACACACUCUUAAUUUAAGAAGCAUAAUUAAAUGAACAAUUGAUUUCUGAUGGUACAUAUAUUGGUAAUUGGACAGGAACAUUUAUUAUUAGAUCUAAUCAAUAUGUUAGUUAAUGUAGUGGAGUGAAAACAGAAACAGGAAUAGUUAAUUAAUCUACUUUAUUAUUAAAGAAAGCUAAAUCUAAUAAUAAUACAAAUAAAGAAGUAGAUUGGCUAAUUGGAUUAUAAAUAAAAGUAGAAACAUUAUCUUAGACUAUGAGAGAUAAAAAGAUUAAAGAAUCUGAAAAAAUAAGAAAUGAAAUUCUAUCAACUUUGGCUGAAAAUCACAAUAUUAAAUAUUAAAGUGUUGAUGAUAUGUUACAUAGUUAAUCAGUAUAAAUAAAAUUAUGGAAAUACUUAUUAGAAUAGAGUAGUAAAUAAUAAACAGAAAUGGUUAAAGAAAUAUGUUUUACCGUACUUAGUGAACUUAUUUAUAGAGAUGAUAUGGAUUUAGAUCAUUUGAGUAUUGAUACUUAAAUAGAACGUAUUCAUAAUGCUUAAUUAUUUAUCACUUUAAUGAUUAAAGUUAUGCCUCUUUGUUUAUAAAGAGUUGUUGAUACUUCUUGUUCAAAUAAAGAACAUGAUUUUUUUGUUAAAUUUGCUGUACUCUCCUAUUUCAGAGUACCUCAAUUUAAACAAGCUCUGUUUCCAAAUAUAGAAAAUAUCUUAAUUCAUAAAUUUUAUGAUUAAGCAUUCUAAAAUGAAAAAGGGUAAUAAUUAAAAAAAGAAUUAGAAUCAUUAACAUUAGAUAUACCUAAUAAAUAAAUUGUACAUUUUUAUUAUCCUUUUGUUAUAUAAUGGGUUAAUUUUGUUUAAUCUAAAUUUGGAUUUAAUGUAAAUUGGUAAAAUAUAUAAGGAUAUGAUGAAAUUGUAGAAUUGUUACUAUCUAAUAUCUAAUUAAAAAAUCAUAAAUUUAUUGAAGCAUCAUGUGCAAUUAUCAACAAUUCUAUGUUGCUUAGUAAAUUUAUUCAUAUAUUAUUCAAUUAAACAAAAUUAUAUGAUGCAAUAUAAGUGUUUAAUACUUUAAAUAUUGUAGAUGUUUGGUUAUAAAAAGUUAAUCAAAAUUACCAUGUUUUACCUACUAAUUUUGAUUAUUCUUUUUUUUUCAAGGGAAUUAAAUUAAUCUUAAAUGGUGAUCAUGCUGUUUCCAUAAGUAAGAGCUUAUAAAUUUUAUAUAAUAAUUUCCAUUUAAUUACAAGUAACAAUUAUUAAACAAUAUAAAUAUAGCUGAACCAAAAAAAGAAUUAUGUGAUUUCUUAUUUAGUACUGAUUUAUUUUUUAAAAUAUUUAUGCAUUGGAGUCCUUUAGUUAGAAAUACAUUUAUACAUUUAUUAAUUUAUAGAAUUUAACAUCGUCAUAAAUCUUUAUAAUCUGGAUUCGAAAAAAUUAGAGAUAUUAAUAAAGAAUUAUAAUAUGCAUUCUUUAAAGAUUAUUCAUAAAAAGAAAGAGAUCAAUUAAUAAAUGAUAUGAUCUAUCUCAAAUAUUCAUAUAUCAUUUAAAUUAUUAGAAAGAUUUACUAAUAAUUUUAAUUGUAUAAUGGAGGGAAACAAUAUGUUUAAAAAGUUAUUUAAGAAAGAAGUCUUAAAGCUAAACUCAUAAGAAAAAAAGCAAAAGAAAAAAAAGAAUAAUUAUUACAAAAUGAAAAAUAAAAUGAAUAAGAUUCAACUACUCUUAAGAAUUCAUCUAGAAAAAGUGAACUACCAGAAAUUAGUUUCUAAUCUUAAGUUAGCAAAGCUUAAAGUGCUAUAGGAUUUGCAGAAAGACCCAAUAAUUCUAUGAAAUCACUUGAUGAUGGUAAUCAAAAAGUAGAGGAUGAAUAAGUACCUGAUAACACUCCAAUCAAUUCUGAAUUCUAUUAGAGUUUUUCUUCUUUUAUUGAUCUAAACAAAAUACUUUAAGAAGUUGAAUAAGAAUAAGAAAAUGAAGAAAAUCGAAGAAGAUUACCAAAAAAAUAAUCAAAUAGAUGUUUAUCCCCAAAUAAUGUUACUAAAUAAUAAGAUAUGAAAAUAUUAACUAGAAAAUUCCCUGAAUUAGAAUUUGAGACCUCAGGACUUAAAGCAUCAAAUCUGAAGUAUCUUUAAAUUGCUUAUUAAGAAUAUACAAUAGUAUAAAAGGAAUAUUUAAGGUAUUUAAUUAUUUUUAGGUAGAUGGAUCAAUCAAAUGAAAUGCAAUCAAAGAAAUUUGAAUUAAUUUGAAUAAGUUAAAGAUCAUUAGGUUCCUCUUUUAAUAAUAAGAGUACCAAAAGAUGAAUCAAAUUAAGAAGCUCCUUAAAGUGAUGAUUGA